AUGGGCAACAGGGACGCAAUAACUCGAUUGCGGAGAGGAUAUGGACACGGCGAUGAGACUACAGACGAUUCAGAACAGGACUCGGACGGCGAGGGCGAACAAGUGCGGCUACCUUUAACAGAUCCGGAAGAGGAAGCGCUCGCCGACGCUGCGGUGGCUCGGAUACAACGGGCGCAAGCGAGGGGCAAGAAAGACGUCAAACUCAGCAAAGAGGAAUUGGCCGCGUAUCAGCGGCGACUACAGCGCAUGGAGGACGAAGAGCGCAGACAACGACGGCAGUCGCGGGUUGCCAUUCCAAUCUCGCAGCUCGACCCCAGUUCUCGAAUGAGGCAAUCCUUGAAUAGCGACAAUCGUCCACGGUCAAUCACGCCCGACCGUGGGGAAGAGCGAAGACCGGGCUACCCGCCGAUGGGUUACUUUCCGCCGCCAUCAUCCUCGGGUGGCCGUCCACGCUCGGGGACCGCUUCGUCGAGGACACCAAGUCGGGCCGCUAUCGACAGGGAACGAGAACAGAGUUCUUCGCCAUUUACGUAUACCUACGUUCGCGGAGAUCCACCUGCAAGCACCCGCCAUCCGUCUGAUUCAUCAACGGGCAGGCCCCUUGAGGACUCGGCAACUUCGUCGCGCAACCGCGCCUCGCCGGCUCCGAUGCAGGACAGUUCCCGUCACUCCCAGCUAGUUGACCCCUUUCAGUAUAUGACUGGGGGCGCACGCACCUCGUACCAUGCUGGGGGUGGGUCUGUGCGGAACAGUGUUCUGGAAGUCGUUGACGCAUAUGACGACUAUGGCGACGGAAGCAGGCGGCGCAUUAACGUUGAGCCUCGGGGCGGAGAUCUCCCAAACGAAGAGAGCGUCAGUAGGGGACGCCGAAGGGACAGCGUUGUCGCUCGGCCUGAGCCUGUGCCAGAACGACGAGGAACGCGGGAUCGUACGCCCCCGCCGCCUUCAAAGAAGAGCUCUUCGACGCAAUCACCCCCUGUGCGGCGAAAGUCCGUGGCCGUCCCCGCAAAGUCUGAUCGAAAGAAAAGGAAGUAG